UACAACAUGGCGCUAGCCGUGCGCUUCCGGCGCCUACUCCUUGUGGGACGUAGCGCCGCCCGGGGACUUCGACUUCCGGCAGGUGCUGCCGGCAGCCGGGGGCAGCGUGUUCUUUGGCGACUCGCCGCCUCUGAGGUAACAGGAAACUCAGGAACUUUCAAAAGAAGUUUUUUAUUUUCUGCCCUGUCUUAUUUGGGUUUUGAAACUUAUCAAGUCAUUUCCCAGGCUGUUGUGAUUCAUGCCGCAGCCAAAGUCUUCAAAAUUGAAGAAAUCCUUGAACAAGCAGACUACUUAUAUGAAAGUGGAGAAACAGAAAAACUUUACCAAUUGCUAACUCAGUACAAGGAAAGUGAAGAUGCAGAGUUACUGUGGCGUUUGGCACGGGCAUCACGUGAUGUAGCUCAGCUUAGUGGAACCUCAGAAGAGGAGAAAAAGGUUUUGGUAUAUGAAGCCCUAGAGUAUGCUAAAAGGGCACUUGAGAAAAAUGAAUCAAGUUUUGCGGCCCAUAAGUGGUAUGCAAUCUGUAUUAGUGAUGUUGGAGAUUAUGAAGGAAUCAAGGCUAAAAUUGCAAAUGCCUACAUUAUCAAGGAGCAUUUUGAGAAAGCAAUCGAGCUGAACCCUAAAGAUGCUACUUCAAUUCACCUUAUGGGUAUUUGGUGUUACACAUUUGCUGAAAUGCCUUGGUAUCAAAGAAGGAUUGCCAAAGUGCUGUUUGCAACUCCGCCUAGCUCCACCUAUGAGGAGGCCCUAGGCUACUUUCACAGGGCAGAGCAAGGAAUAGUUGAGCAAAGGAGACCGUCAUUAGCCUAGCGUAUCACAGUACGUCCUCACACACAGACUGUGAAGUUGGGAGAUUUCCGACAGGGAGGUUGGGUCACGUGUCUGCUGCACACGGUCACAUGCGCGUCCCCAGAAGUGUGUGCUUCCGUGUGCCGGGCAGCGCCGUGGAGGUGUGCUGGUGCGGGAUCUUUACUUCAAGCCCCGGAGGUCCGGACGCAGCAGGGCCGUAGCUGCCAUCUCCUGUCGCUGACGAGCCUUCAGCUCUGCCGUCUCCCCUCACCCUCCUCCUCCAGAAAGUGACUGACUUCCUGUCUGUCCGCUCAGUGCCAGCCCCUGGAUGCCAGCUGCCUGUAGUGCACUUAUAGGAUUAAACUGUUUUCUCUUA